AAUAAGGAGUCGUCUGCUGUUUAUUUAGAUUUCAAGUUUUUGAAAGUUGUCUUGCUCUUGACUCUGCAUUUUGCCACAUUUUAUUUUCAUUCGAAAGACAGCCGUAGCUUUUUUAGAUAUUGUUCCACUUUCAACCUACGUAUUUGAUAUGGAUCAAGAUUUCUUGGUGUCAGUGCUUGAUGUUCACAAAGAUAACUUGCAGUUUAUCUGGCCAAGUCUUGUGUGUUCAAUACAAAAUUCAUCUUUCAUUUCUCUAGACUGUGAAUUGAGUGGCCUGGGGAGCAGAAAAUUGAUAAACUCUCAAGCAGUUGAUGACCGAUACAUAAACAUAUGUGAAGUAGCCAAAACACGCUCUAUUAUUUCAUUAGGUCUCAGCUGUUUCAAACUGUCAAGCACUGAAAAUGAUGAAUCUUCAAAAAAUUUGAAUUUCAGUGUUCAAACUUUCAAUCUCAUGGCAUUAUGCUCAGAAGAUUAUGUAGUUGAACCUUCUGCACUUCAGUUUCUUGUUACUCAUGGAUUUGAUUUCCACAAGCAAUAUUCUCAAGGGAUCCCUUAUUACAGAGGAAAUGAUAGAGCUGGGAAGGGAAAAGCAAAGAAAGCAACUUGGGACCUAAGAGAUCUAUUUGCUGUGGUUAUUUCAGCCAAAGUUCCUCUUGUUCUUCAUAAUGGCCUUGUAGAUUUGGUUUUUCUCUAUCAAAAUCUUUAUGCAGAUUUACCUCCGAAACUUUCUUCCUUUCUGGCUGAUUUGGAGGUAAUGUUUCCCAAUGGUAUCUUUGAUACAAAAUUUGUCGCGGAAUUUUCCGUUAGAACGAAUGCAUCCUUUUUGGAAUACAUAUUCCGCAGCCAUCAAUUAAAAAACAUGAAUUUGAAGAAUUCUAGUCGUGCACAUGUCAUUUGCAACCACACAUUAAUAGAAUCAGAUUUUAUUGACUUCUGGGACUGUUCUCCGCGUUUGCAGAAUGAAGAAGACUUGGAAAUUUGUUCAAAUUACAUAAAUCAUGGCUUCUGUAACAGUGAGUCAAAUUGCAAGAAAUCCCACGACGUGUAUCGAGCUGUUUUACUUGAAGACCAAAAGAAAGCUAAGAAACGAAAAAGAAAGGAUGAUAACAACAUUGCACGCACUGAAGUAGAAAAUGUCAUCAAUAUCACCAGGUCUUCGCGCCAAGAACGCUUCAAAGGACAUCGCGCAGGACAUGACGCUUUUAUGACAGGUUUCUGUUUUGCUUCUUUCAUAGCACAAAAAAUGUCCGUUCGACCAAAUGGUGCCAACACGUUCUGCUGGAAAGAACUAGUUGCUGAAGUUGCCGACGUUCGGAAUCGUGUCUGUCUUAGUGGCAAAGACUUUCCCCUUUUAAUUCAGAAAAGUGCCUUUUCCAAAUGUUCAAAGUCUCAUCUGGAGAAAUAUGAACGGCUGUUUCCCAGUGCUGAAGCGAAUUGACGAUUGCUAACUGAAAAAAUGCUAAAUUUAAGUUCAGUGUGUAUCAUGUUUUGUAUUUUGGACAAGAAAAAAAAUUCAUAGAUAUGUAGGA